GCGCUAGCCACCCAUUGAGUGGGCAGCUCACUUUUCAAUUACCCUUACCUUACCCAGUCCUCCCAGUGUUAUUCGGCCAAGAUGAAGUCCGAGUAAAUGCUGCGAGUCCAAGUAAAGUAAACCUCCUCCCGAUGAACAUGCUGCUCUAGCCGCUACGGAGGAUAUGACCCCCCCCUAUCACUUACGUUAACGAUGGACUCCUGCCACGGAAACCCGAUCUACGGAACCCUCACCCUUACUAUCCAACGAAUUGACAAACAACAACCAACCUGUGAUCAUGACCACGACUAUGAAUAUGAUGUUGCCUGCGAUGCUGGCCCCCGAGUUUCCCCACAUGAUAGCAUCCCGUCGUGUGGAAGUGGACGGUUUUACCUUCCAAGACCCUAACCAACCCUCCAUGGAUUUUGAUUUUGACAACGACGAAGACGCUGCCAAAGACGUCGACGACUUCACCUCGUUGCUUUCAAGUAUCGACGACGACGAAACCGCCCGAGACAUUGAUGAGUUUGCCGCCUUGAUGAAUGUGCUCGCUAAGAGCCAGGAAGAAAGCGUGUCUGAUUUGUCUGAAGUCUCGAUCGAAGAUUUGAUGACGGAGCAAGUGUUUGUCGAAGCAGAAGACGUUUUAGUCAACCCUGACACGAAGGAUGACGAAGAAAUGGAGUCCGACUACGACAGCGACGAUGACGACUUCGUUCCGCCCUCCCCUGUCUACUCUGCCCCUCACAGCUUUUUGGCUCCCAUCGAUCCACGUUGCUGCAUUCAAAGUUCAAUCUUCAAGUCGGUUGAUUCGCGUAUCCCAAUGAUCAAUCCUCCGAAGAUGGACGUGUCCUUUGGUCGCGUGUCUGUCAACGCAGUUUGCACUAAAGCCGACAUGACUUGUUUGGCUCGAUCUCUCUCAUUUGGAUCUGCGCCGUCUUCUCCAGGAUCAAUGUGUUCUGCCGAUUCGAAUGACACCUGCUACGUUCACGAAUCCGACAAGUGCUGGGUGUGCAAGUCGGACAAAUCUGAAGAGCGCAAGCGUGUGUUGCACCGCUAUGUAGAAAAGCGAUACCGUCGGAACUGGAAACGUGGGGCUCGCUACACUGCCCGCAGCCGUGUGGCGUCGUCCCGUGUCCGAGAAGGUGGUCGAUUUGUUACCAAGUGCGACUGGGUUGCAGCCAACGAAAUCUAAACUCAGGGAACACUCAGCGACCAACAAAAACAGAAAAAACAAAAACAGCAAAAGCCAAGAAACAGAUGCAUGUGCCAUGACUAACCGACGGAGAUUGUGGUUUAGAUGAUUCGAGCAGUAGGAAUGAGCUCGUUGUCGCUUUUUCCAGGCGUGUAAUUGAAUUGUUUGUGUACCUCCA